AUGGCGCCGGCGACAACGAACCGCCUGGCCCUGCCGAUUUGGACACCAGGGCAGCCUGGACGGAGGAGAACAAAGCUUCGCCCGUCCGCCCAGUCUCUGAGCGCGGAAGGGCUCGGGAUCAAGGACAGGACAGGAGCUGUGAAAGCUUGGGCGCCCAUCACCAACACUCCUCAAGGCACUGCAUUUGACCCAAGCCGUCGAAACGUCAAGUUAAGCAUCCACUUGGGUGUUAAGGUUGUUGUCGGUUCGAGUGGCGCUCUCCACUGUGUGCUCUUGAACAAGAGGGCUUAA